UAAUUACUGACUGUCUACAAGUAAUACACAAUAUAUACAGACAAAAUUCUUCUUCCUUUUCACAACAUUUCAUGCGUAAAGUACAGUAAUGUUCUAUAAUAUUCUUUGAAAAUGACUAUGAAGAGUCUGAAACGUCAGAUCUUUUUUAAUAAAAUAGAUUUCAGUUUAGUCUAUGGCUGCUGUUAGUUUAAAAAAGAAUAUUCUAAUCAAAUUAUUGGCUCUUAAUCGUUUUAAGAAAAACCUUACUGCGUACAUUUUUGAGCUUCCUAAUCUCAGUACAAAGAUUUCGGUUAACUAGACGAAUAGAUAUAUUUUCAUCGAUGGACACAUUGUUAUCACUCAAUCUUUCAUCAUUGUUCGUGCGAAAACUCAUUUCUCUUUCAUUGCUGAUAGCACUAAUAUCUAACUCUUGUUUUGAAUUGCUCGACACGUAAAGUCUGUAGAACGAAGUGCGGUGUUUGUUAAAAACUAUGACGUUUAAUCAUAGAAAUACACAAUUUCAUCACACAGACGGACAAAACGAGGGUUCUUUAGCUUCUAUUACUUUUAAUAUUUUUAUUUUAUUUCUUCUAGCACCGAAAAAAUUCACUUAGUCAAACAAUUGUAUCAGUCGCAACAACAAAAGCUGUUCGUUUGCCUAUUGUCGAUAUAGAAAUCAUUGAUUUUGGACAAAAAGAUCAAGAAAUUGGUAUUGAUAUUGGGCCCGUAUGUUUUGCUUGA